AUGUCGAGUCCGUUGGAUCGCUUAGCUAGGCCUUGCUUUGAAGGAUUCUCUAGUAAUGAUGAGAAAAGAGAUCGGAAAUCGGAUUUUGAUAACUCAGAGGAAGACAGGAAGACUAGAAUUGGGAGUUUGAAAAAGAAAGCAAUGAAGGCGUCGAGUAAAUUCAGGCGUUCUCUCAAGAAAAGCAAGAAAAAAGGUGGCGGCCGCGGCGGUGAUGAAGGGGUUUCUGCUACAAUUGAAGAUGUUCGAGAUGUUGAGGAGCUUCGGCUUGUAGAUGCAUUUAAACAGGCACUUACGGCCGAUGAUUUGCUUCCUGCAAGGCAUGAUGAUUAUCACAUGCUAUUGAGGUUCUUAAAAGCAAGGAAGUUUGAUGUUGAGAAAGCAAAACAGAUGUGGGCCAACAUGCUACAGUGGAGGAAAGACUUCGGUACUGACACUAUUUUGGAGGAUUUCGAGUUCAUUGAGUUGAAAGAAGUUCUAAAGUACUACCCUCAGGGAUAUCAUGGUGUAGAUAAGGAUGGUAGACCCGUUUACAUCGAAAGACUAGGAAAAGUUGAUUCCAGCAAACUUAUGGAAGUGACCACUUUAGAAAGAUAUUUGAGAUAUCACGUGCAGGAGUUUGAAAAGACUUUUGCGAUUAAGUUUCCAGCUUGCUCCAUUGCUGCAAAGAGACACAUAGAUUCAAGUACUACUAUUUUGGAUGUGCAAGGAAUUGGUUUAAAAAACUUCACUAAGUCUGCACGAGAACUCAUCAUUCAGCUUCAGAAGAUUGAUGGUGACAACUAUCCUGAGACACUUUGCAGAAUGUUUGUCAUUAACGCUGGUCCUGGUUUUAAGCUGCUCUGGAAAACAGUGAAAUCUUUUAUUGAUUCCCACACAGCUUCCAAGAUUCAUGUUCUUGGUAACAAGUACCAGAACAAGUUACUUGAAAUAAUAGACUCAAGUGAGUUACCCGAGUUUCUUGGUGGUAGCUGUACUUGUGCUGAUCAGGGAGGUUGUAUGAGAUCUGAUAAGGGGCCGUGGAAAGAUCCAAACAUUUUAAAGAUGGUUCUUAGUGGUGAAGCACUAUAUUCCAGACAAAUAGUAACUAUUUCAAAUAGUGAGGGCAGGGUAAUUGCUUUUGAUAAGCCAUUCUGUCCAAUGAUAAAAACAAGUGAUACAUCCACUGCAGAGUCGGGUUCUGAAGUGGAAGAUGUUGUCUCUCCUAAGCCAACUGGGAGCUAUUUGCUGCCAACGCUGGCUCCUGUCUCUGAAGAAGCUAGGGUGGCUGGUAAGAUGAAUACCGCCAGUGUAUCUGAAUAUGACGAAUAUAUACCUAUGAUUGACAAGACAGUGGAUGCUGAAUUUCAAGAUUCAUGUACUUCCAGAGGCGCACCUUCUCUGUUAAGUGUAGAGAAGAAUUCAGAAGGAAUCUCUGCUCGUAUCUGGGCUAUGCUUGUGGCCUUCUUCAUAACAUUUCUUGCCUUUUUCUGUUCAAUGGCAUUUUGGAAGACUAAGAAACACUUAGCAUCUGAUUCUGCCAGUGACAUUACUGACCUGACUUUUGAAUCAGUGCCGAAAGAGGAACUCAGACCCCCUUCUCCUGCUCCAGGGUUUACAGAGGCAGACCUCGUUUCAUCUGUCAUGAAAAGGCUGGGUGAACUUGAGGAGAAGGUUGAUACAUUACAGACAAAGCCUUUUCAGAUGCCUUGUGAAAAAGAGGAACUGCUUAAUGCUGCUGUUUAUCGUGUGGAUGCAUUGGAAGCGGAGCUAAUUGCAACCAAAAAGGCUUUGCACGAAGCUUUGAUCAGGCUAGAAGAACUUCUUGCGUAUGUAGAUGGUCGUGAACUAGCACGUUUUCAGAAAAAGAAGUUUUGCUGGACUCUAUUUCUGUCAAAGGUUUUACUGGAUUCUAGCCAGAGCAGGCUCUGCAAUUCUGCUUCUUUUAAGGCAACUUCGGGGCUGUUAAAAUUUCCAGUUUUAACUUCAAAUUGCAGAAGGUUUACUGUUUCAGCUGGUGAAAUUCCAAUGAGGAGUUACCAAGUUGUGGUAGCAGCUACUCGUGAUAUGGGCAUUGGAAAGGAUGGGAAGUUACCUUGGAGAUUGCCUUCUGAUAUCAAGUUUUUCAAGGAGAUUACAUUGGCCACAUCGGAUCCUGGAAAAAGAAAUUCAGUUUUGAUGGGUAGGAAAACAUGGGAAAGUAUUCCUCUCAAGUACCGACCUCUUCCAGGUCGAUUGAAUGUUGUCCUGACUCGGAGUUUUGAGAUUGAAAAUGAAGAAAAUGUUGUAACAUGUGGGAGCAUUUCAUCCGCUUUGGAGUUGUUGGCUGAAGCUCCCUAUUGUUUUUCAAUUGAGAAGGUUUUUGUCAUUGGUGGUGGCCAGAUAUUGAGGGAAACACUCAAUGCCCCAGGAUGUGAUGCCAUCCACAUUACGGAAAUUGAGACAAUUGUUGAAUGCGAUGUGUUCAUUCCGAGUAUUGAUUUUUCUUUGUUUCAGCUUUGGUAUUCGUCUCAACCAUUGGUGGAAAAUGGCAUUCGAUAUUCUUUUGUAACUUAUGUUCACGUGAGGAACUCUGAUGAUGGAACCGUUGCUGGAAACACUGAUGGACAGUGUAAUGAUGGUACAUCGAAAUCUAGUAGGUUUCAGGAAGCUAUAUUAAAGCUUAAGUUCUCUGAGAUACGUCAAUUACUCUUUGUUUGUAAGCAGGAUGGUUUUACUGCUAAUCUGUUUGAUUAG